AUGCUAACAUUUUUUUCAUGCAGGUUUGUAAACCGCGAAAAUCGUGUCCCUCACUAUCAGCGCUUAUUUUUUGAUGCCAACAAGAAACACAUUCGUCUCUGGGAAACUUCACAUAGAAGCAAGUUUAUGCUUUAUCCUUACUACACCAUCAUGUGGGGCACUCUAGCUGCAUCUAUGUACUGCAUGUGUAGACUUGUGCUGGGGCACAAGACUUGGUUUGGAACCAAAUGA